AUGAAAUUCACCACCCUUCUCACAACCGCCCUCACGGCCCUCCCUAUCCUGGCCGACUCGUCCUUCCCCUGGGAACGCCUCAACAAAAACGACUCCCUCCUCAUCAUCGUCGACCUCCAAGAAGGCCUUUACAAUCUCGCCCGUGACUACGACCCAACCCUCUUCAAACAAAACAUGCUCGCCCACUCCGCCCUAGGCCUUGCCUUCCCCACCCUCCCCGAAAUCCUCACCCCCUCGGCCUCACCCGGCCCCAACGGCCCCCUCCCCCACAAAAUCCCCACAUCCACCCCACCGUUCCUCCUAUUCAUCCCGUUAGCCUCCACCGGCCCCAACGGCCCCCUCCCCCAAGAAAUCCUCGACAUGUACCCCACCGCCCCCGUCAUCGCCCGCCAAGGAGAAGUAAACGCCUGGGACUCCCCCGAGUUCCGCGCCGCGGUCAAGGCCACAGGCAAGAAGCAGAUUAUCCUCGCCGGCAUCGUCACAGACGUCUGUACCGCCUUCUUGGCUCGCUCUCUCCGCGCAGAGGGGUACUCCGUCUGGGCCAACCAGGAAGCCUCGGGCACCGUCACAAAAGAGAUCCGCGACCUCGCCAAUGAUCAGAUGAUGCGCGCCGGCGUCAACGUCGUCUCCCUUUUUAGCAUCGUCUGCGACCUGAUGAGGGACUGGCGCUCCUCCCCCGGCGCAAAGGAGAUCCUCCCCUGGCUGGACACGUACAUGCCCGUCUACGGGAUGCUCGCCCGCGGCCACCGUGCCGCCGUCGAGAACGGGACUUUGAUCCCCGGGGAGGCUGACUUGCCUCUUUGA